AUGAAGGCAACAACACCAAAGUGUGCCCGGAUCCAGACUUCCAAUCCCAUUGAUCAGGUUAAAACGCUACCGUUUAAUCGGUACUCAUGGCUGACUACGCACAAUUCCUUUGCAAUGCUUGGGACAAAGUCACUGAUGAUAACCGGCUCUAAUAUUAUCUUCGGGACAAACCAGAUGGAUGGCAUUACAGCACAGCUUAAUGUGGCAUGA